AUGGCCCGUCCAAACGCCCUUUUCAACCACAUUGCACUGUCGGUCCCCGAUGCGCAAGCUGCUGUGGAUUGGUAUACCAAAUUGUUCGGGCUCGAGGUGCUCGUACCAGUGAUAACCCAAAAAGCGACAGACCCAGAUGGCCCGACUUUACGAAAAAUAUAUGGACCGCAGGCGAAUGAGAUGAAAAUGGCUAUUCUAUCAUGCGGAAACGAUGUUGGCCUAGAGAUAUUCGAGUUCGUCGAUCCACCUUACAGCGGGCCAAAUCCUAAAACCGAAUGGAACGCCCACGCGUAUACGAGGGGCGGCGCGUUUCACUUCAGUCUUACCGUACAAAACGUGGAUGAAAAGGUUGAUGAGGUCGUCAAAGCCGGCGGUUCAGUUAUUGGCGAGGUAAUAGAACUUGCCCCUGGGACUAGAGUUUGCUAUACGCAGGAUCCGUGGGGCAAUGUUGUGGAGCUGCUGGACCUCACAAUCAACCAGCUAUACUUGAAAGUCUUUGCGGGCGGGGCACGAGGUUGA